CAGUGUCAAAUAUUCAUCCGUCUUUUUUUUACCGAUCAGCUGCUUACCCUUGUGUAAUGCCGGGACUUCGGGAAGCGGAUCCUGUGAUGGCCGAGGAGCUGGAGGAACAAUCACAAAGUUGGUUGACUGGCUGGAUCCCGUCGUGGUGCCCGACCUCCAUGUCCAAACUAAAGUCUGUUGAGUCAAAGAUCCUUCAGUGUAUCCAGAACAAACUUUAUGCUCGUUAUGUGUCUCUACCAGAUCAAAACAAGAUGUGGACACUCACAGUUAGCCCUGAGAUUCGUGGCAAGACCCCUCUAGUGAUGGUCCAUGGGUUUGGGGGAGGAGUGGGCCUUUGGAUUCAGAACCUAGACUCUCUGAGCGCACAUCGUACUCUUCAUGCUUUUGACUUGUUAGGAUUUGGUCGCAGCUCAAGGCCAACCUUCCCAAGUGACCCCGAAGGUGCAGAGGAACAGUUUGUGUUCUCCAUUGAACAAUGGAGAGAGGAGAUGGGAAUCAAAGAUAUGAUCCUUCUUGGGCAUAGUCUGGGAGGCUUUCUCGCUGCUUCCUAUUCCAUCAAGUAUCCUCAGAGAGUGAAGCACCUUAUUCUAGUUGAUCCAUGGGGGUUUCCAGUCUUACCAACAGACCCUAACCAGGUUCGUUCCCCACCCACAUGGGUGAAAGCAGUGGCUGCAGUACUGGGACGAUCAAACCCUUUGGCGGUUGUGAGAGCUGCUGGGCCAUGGGGUCCUAGAUUGGUACAGAGAUUUCGUCCAGACCUUAAAAGAAAGUUUGAGGAGUACUUUGAGGAUGAUACUAUAAUGGAAUAUAUCUACCACUGCAAUGCGCAGACUCCAAGUGGGGAAAGUGCUUUUAAAGCUAUGAUGGAGAGGUUUGGUUGGGCUAAACGCCCAAUGUUCUCCCGUAUUCAUAUGAUCCCAAAAGAGCUGCCUAUAACGUUCAUCUAUGGAGCAGAGACUUGGAUUGACAGGAGUACAGGAGAUCGGGUCAAAGAUGAGCGGCCAAACUCCUAUGUGCAAACACUGGCAAUCAAAGGAGCCUCUCAUCAUGUAUAUGCAGAUCAGCCGCACAUGUUCAAUACUGUGGUGGAAGAGAUUUGUGAGUCAGUGGAUUGAAUGCAUCCUACAACAUCUGAAAACAGAGAGGUGGAAGUUCCUUGUUUUUUUUAUUAAGAUCAAUUGACAAAGUAACAUUUCUUCUUUGGUGGAACACAAGCAGUAAUUCAACAUUGUGAAAUAGACUGAUUUGUACCUGGAAUUCAUAUUUUAACUGUUUGGUUAACAUAGACAACAGCAUAAAGUAGAGUGGCCACUAAGUGGUUCAGAAUGUAGUUAAUACCACAAAUACUUGGUUUUCAUUUCACUUAGAAACAGAAAAGAA